AGUGCCCCCUCCUUCAGCCCGCUGGAAGCAGCCCCCGGUCUGCAGCAGUACCCCUGCAGCAAGUCUGGACCCAGCAAAGUGGAGCCGGACCGAGGAUCCUCCAUGAGCGAGCCUUCGGCUGCAGAAUGCGACCGACAUGUUUACAAGAGCGUGCUGGAGGGCGGAGACAUUCCUUUACAGGGUCUGCGAGCGCUGAACAAGCGUCACGGCAGCUCUUCCUCCUCUAAAGACUCCUCCCCGGCUCACGAGGAAAGUCAGGAUGAAGUUCUGAGGAGGCGUCAUGGAGACAAAGAGAAAAUCUUGGAGGAGCAGCGGCGCCUGAAGCGGGAACAGGAAGAGGCCGACACGGCGUCGAGGCGACACACGAGCGUCGUCCCGACGCAUCACCAGUUCAUCACCAACGAGCGCUUCGGAGACCUGCUGAACAUCACCGACAACACGGAGAGAAGGAAGUCAGGCGUCGAGAGAACUCCGGCCAUGGCCCGCUUCGACUUCAGAGCAGAAUCCCUGAAGGAGCUGCCGUUCCAGAAGGGCGACAUCGUUUACAUCAUCCGGCAGGUGGACCAGAACUGGUUCGAAGGAGAACAUCACGGACGGGUCGGCAUCUUCCCUCGAAGCUACGUGGAGCUCCUCCCUCCGACGGAGAAGGCUCAGCCGAAGAAGAGCGUCCCGGUCCAGGUUCUGGAGUACGGAGAGGCUGUGGCCCGCUUCAACUUCAAAGGGGACACGAUGGUGGAGAUGUCCUUCAGGAAGGGCGAGAGGAUCACGCUGAUCCGCAGAGUGGACGAGAACUGGUACGAAGGUAAAGUCUCCGGCACCAACCGGCAGGGCAUCUUCCCCGUCACGUACGUGGAGGUGCACAAGAGACCUCGUGUGAAGAACGGCGUGGACUACCCCGACUCUCUGGUCAGCCACUCACCACAGCGCAGCACCAGCGCGUCUCCUCAGCUCUAUCGUAACCGCCUCACCACCUCCCCCCUGCCUCUCCCUCGCUCCCCUCGUCGCUCCGUGUCACCCGAGGUCCACGCCGUCUCCUCGGAGUGGAUCUCCCUGACCGUGGGAGGUGGGAGUCCCCCCGCCGCCCCCACCCCUCCUCUGCCGCCGCUGCCCACCGUGUCCUACCGCUGGGGGGAGUACCUGCCCCCGCCGUACUCUGCCAGCCCUGUGCCUCACAUCACCGGCAGCCCGUACUGUAUCUCCCCCAUGGCCUCACCGUCCGCCUCCCCCCUGCCCCCGCCUUACCCGCCCAGACCCAACUCGGCCACUCCCUUCCUCACCUUCACGCCGCCUCAGGGGGAGGACUUCCUGCUCUCCCUCUCCUCGCCGCGCAGCGUGAGCCCUUGCGGCGGGUCGGUGCUGGAGGGCUGGCUGAGGGGGGAGAAGGAGCUGAUGGAGGGGGAAGGCGUUGCCCCGGGCAACAGGAGAAAUAGCCCUGCAGAGUUUGUGAGGAACGAGGCUGAGCUUCGGAGCUCCAGAAGCCCCGUCAUACCUUUAGACGUCCAGGAUAACAACAACGUCAACUCGUUUGCGGAGGCGGUGUGCAAUGAGAUCUUGAACAUUGCAGAGACCUCAGUGAGAUACUGCAGCGCGCUGUCCCAGCACCGUAACAACCCCCUCCACCGACUGCGCCCCCCCAGUAAACAAUCUCUCAUCAUUUCCCAGCAACCCCGGUCCCACAGCAGCAGCCCAGAACCGAGCCGCCUCAACGUUGGCAUUUUCCAGGCCUUGUACGGCUAUGCGCCUCAGAACGACGACGAGCUGGAGCUGCAGGAGGGAGACCUGGUCAGCGUCAUGGAGAAGUGCGACGACGGCUGGUUUGUCGGUACAUCGAAGAGGACGAAGCAGUUCGGGACGUUCCCUGGAAACUACGUGAAGGAAGUGAAGCUGUAGCCUGAAUCUGCCCACGACGCACGGCCGCCUGUCGAGCUUGGGAAGUCGUUACUACUGCGCACGGCUGUGGGUCGGAUUAGUCUCUUAACCCGGCAGGUAUACAUUGUUUGGGAAGGCGAUCCUUCGGACUGGGGUAUGUCAAAAGUGCACGUGGACAGAGACAGAGGUGGGUGGACUGAUUACUGCCUGAAACCUCAGCACGAUCACGGCGGGAUUCCACGGCGGUCACUUUUGGACAAAACUCGUCCGUCUCCACGUGUGGGAUAAAGUCACACUAACCAACUUGUGUUGCACAAGCGAAAGCUUCCGUUUACUAAUCUUGUAGAGCACGAGUGUUUAUGUAGCUCCUCAGGCAGCCAGCAGCAGAGUGGGUCCUCCUGAAGGGGACUUUAGAGGAGCAGGACGGCUCAUUGUCGAGCCUCGUCUGGAUCUACAGACGUUUCCUUCCACUGGUCACGGGCAGGGAUGUCAGACUCGUUUAGGGCUGAAGUUAUUUGAACCGUUGGAGUGAUUCUACAACACAUACCAACUUUAAAAAUAUAAGUUUGAGUUGAUUGUGUUGGUCCACACAGGCUCCGCUGGUCUUUGGUUAAAUGUCUCAGCCUUUCUCGCCUGGACCGCAGACUUUUAGUCUCCAUCAACGAGCUUUUGGCAGAGUUCUGGGUGAUGUUUGACCGCUCUUCUUCUUCUUCUUUCGCUUCUUGUCAGAUCCCGUAGAAGUUGUUUAAACUUGUUGAGGUCGGGGCAUUAUUGACUCCUCCAAACAUCCUUCUUGUCUUCGUG